AUGGGACGGCUGUUGUAUGACCUUGGAAGGUUGGAUGAGAAGGCUAGGCGAGCCAAUGAGAAGGGAAGCAACAAUGCCGGAAAGUCCAGUUUCAGUUGGGCCUGGGGCUUGGAUGGAACUCUCGAAGAGCGCACUCGUGGAGUCACGAUGGACAUUGCGCUCCAGGUCUUGUCCACACCUCACAGGCAAAUCACAGUUCUCGAUGCACCGGGCCACAAAGACUUCAUUCCGAACAUGAUUUCAGGAGCUUCGCAGGCCGACUGCGCGCUCCUCGUCGUUGACUCUACCGUCGGGGAGUUUGAGUCCGGAUUCGAGCGCGGUGGGCAAACUCGCGAACACCUGCUGCUCGUUCGGAGUUUAGGCGUCACUCAAGUCGUCGUCGCUGUGAAUAAGCUCGAUCAAGUCCAAUGGAGUCAAGCCCGGUAUAACGAAAUUGUUGCGGCUCUGAAGCCCUUCCUGGUCCAAUCAGGCUACCAGCCGAGUAAAACGAGCUUUGUUCCUGUGGCAGCGUAUGAAGGUGUAAACCUUUUGGACAGGAAAGGCGACAAGGCCUCUGAACUCAAUCAGUGGUACAGGGGCCCCACCCUUGUCGACCUGUUGGACAAGUUGGAGCCUCCCACGCGGGAAAUUUCGUCACCUCUCCGACUUCCCAUCUCGAAUGUAUUCAAAGGCCAGGGACAGGGCGCAGCGAUCUCUGGAAGAAUAUGUGCCGGCGUUGUUCAGGUCGGCGAAAAACUGAGGUUGCUUCCUGGGGACGAGUCUGCAGUUGUGAAGUCUAUCGAAGUGGAUGAAGAGUCUGUCCCAUGGGCGGCUGCUGGUUCCAAUGCAACUAUCCAACUUGCAGGUAUCGAUUCUGCGAAUGUAAAUAUUGGAGGGGUUCUUUGCCCUCCCACAGACCUCAUCCCAUUGGCGACGUCCUUCCUGGCCAGGAUCAUCGUGUUCGACGUUGAAGUGCCCAUUACUGCCGGGUCUUCAAUCGAGCUCUAUCAUCAUUCCAGGGAUGUCCCUGCGACCGCUACGAAAUUGCUGGCCACGCUCGACCGUGCUACUGGGCAAGUCGUCAAGAAAAACCCACGAGUACUUCCCAAAGGUACCUCGGCUGAAAUUCAAAUUUCGUUACGAUCGACUUCGAUCUCUGGUGCACCGUCCAAUGUCCGACCCAUCCCUCUCGAGCCGUUCUCCGCCAACAAGGACAUGGGCCGUGUCUUGAUUCGCCGCGGGGGUGAAACUAUCGCAGCUGGAAUUGUAUUAGAGGUCGUAAACUAA